AUGUCGUCAUCGGGGCUGCUGCAGCGGCGACGCGGCACGCAAGAUGCCGACGAUGAUGCGGACGCGCCAAAGAGGUCGGGAAGUGCCGUAUCCACCGUGCAAAAGACGUCCGGAUCAGGGUCCGUGUCGAACAUUGAUCUCCGGACAGGGCAUCGCCUCGCAUAUGAUCCGCGCGACUUGACGGACGAGCAUGAAGAGCAGAGGUACCCCCGUUUCACGCUCAUGGAAGAGGUGCUCCUGCUCGGACUCAAGGACACGCAAGGAUACCUCUCGUUCUGGAACGACAAGCUGUCAUUUUCUCUGCGCGGGUGCAUACUCAUGGAGCUCGCUCUCCGCGGCCGCAUACGCAUCGCAAGUGGCGCCGAGCAAAAACGCAAGGACGUGUCUGAGCGCCAUAUCGAGCUUGCGAAUCCCAAGCUCACAGCCGAUCCUCUUCUCGACGAGACGAUCCGACACAUUCAAAACUCACCGCCCACGAGCGUAGCGGAAUGGAUGGACCUGCUCAGUGGUGAAACGUGGAAUAUGAUGCGCCUCCAUCUCCAACUCAAGCAGGUCCGUGAGCGCUUGUGCAAGUGCCUCGUAGAAAAGGGCGUACUGCGCACAGAGAAGCGCAACUUUUUGCUGUUCGAUAUGCCGACGCAUCCGAUCGCUGACAUGUCCGUCAAAGACGCCAUUCGGCGCAGAGUGCUGGCCUUCACGACGGCACAAUCCAUUCACCCCGACUCACUAUACAAAGAUAACAAAAGCGGCCGAUCCAUAUGCAUGCCGGCCACCCGCGCCUUGUGCGUUGUCACAGCCGCCCACUGUGGCAACGUGCUCGAAAAUGUCCUCCAGCACCUUUCGUUGGGCCUCCAGGAAUCGGCUACGGAGCAUGUUGAGCACCUCAUGGAUGAGUUUGCGCAAUGGCCCAUGGCGCCAUCGGCCUAUAGCGGUGGUAUACCACCACAAGGAUCUAUGGAGGCCAUGGCCGCUGCGCCCAUGCGCCCUCCUCAGCUUGUGUCGUCGAGCAAAAAGCAACGAAACAAGGUCGGCGUCAGCAUCAACGAUCUUGUUCGUAUCAUGUGCCAAGAGUACGAAGCCGGUGGAACCCCCUCGGCGUACGAAGUUAUCGCAGCGGUUCUCUCCGUCUUUGUACAGAUGGACGCCAUCUUGUAG